UGAUUUUUUUUAAAAUUUAUAAUAUGAAUGAAAUAAAAGGUUUACUCCUAUAACAUAAAAUGUAAAGCCUAUUUCUGUCAUGGAUGCAUAAUAUAAAACUAAGAAAGAUCAUAUGUCAUUACUUUGUGUUACAGUGAAGAGUGCUCAAUUAUUGGGAAAUACAGAUGAUUUUUACACGUAUGUCACUCUAAAAUUGCAAAGCGUUAAAUCGACGACAGUCGCCGUAAAAGGAAUUAAUCCAUGCUGGGAACAAGAUUUUAUGUUCGAAACAACUCGCACCGACAUUGGAUUAAUUAUAGAAUUAUGGAACAAAGGUAUGCUAUGGGACAAAUUACUCGGGACUCAAUGGGUGUCCUUGGCUUUAUUACCCCAUACCAAUCAAAACGGAGAAGGUAAAUGGUUAUCCAUGGAUAGUGAAAUAGAAAUGCGAGACGGUAUACUUGUUGGUACCUGCACACCUACUGGACACAAAGUGCUCAUAGAUGCUCAUUUUGAACUGCCAUAUGAUCUUCAGGACGCGGAAGCCUUGGAACUUCAACAGAAGUUGGAAGUUCUGAACAGCAUUAUGGAUCAAGAACUAACAACUUUGCAAAAUCAAAGGCGGAGGCAUCCAAAUCUAGUCCAUCUCACCGGGUUUUCAGAAGAUAGCGAUUACAUAAGCGACGCUAAUUUUCCCGCCCUGCAUCAUCACAACGCCUCCGCCCAUCAAUUCAAUCAACCCUCUACAUUGACCAACGGAGUUAGUGAUACUUCGAGAUUCAAUCACACUAACGGUGAUAUCCCUGCCACUGAUUCUAGCAUUGCUUUUCAGAGCAUCAAUUGUGUAGCUGAUUAUGCUUCUUCAAAUAAUUUCGACACCUCUUAUACCAAUCUUACUACUCAAAACGCCUUUUCAAGUCUGGCUUACGUUAAUAGUCUCAAUGACACAUCGACGUUGACCUCGUAUUCCAAUCACAUAGCCUGCCUGCCUAAAUCUUAUUCGCUCACUUCCCAUAGGGAUUCUAAUAAUUACUCUAGCCAUUCUGUCACAUCCACAUUGAAUAAUUCUAUAACAUACACUCCAUCAUUAAGUCGGAGGUUACUGCCAUCUAUACCCACUUCUCCUCACGUUGAAUUAUUCACAAAAUCAAAAUUCUCCAUAUCUCCUCGAGACACGUCCGAAGCCCUCUCAGUUAAUUUGAUUUCCAACCAGACGCGCCAUAGAAAAGGUUCUCCCAGGAUAUUGCCAAAAAUAGUGGUUCCGACGUCAUACCAACCUGUUUACUCAAACGCUACCACCACUACUACCAUAAUACAAUCUUCCAUUGAUUUAUCGCAUUUAUCCCACCGCACACACUCCUCAAAAAUCGCUCAAUUUACGCAUUCCGGUGACUUAAAACGAAACGUCGUUGAAAACAUCGUUCUCUCCCCCAAAAGAACCAGGUCCAUGACGCCCGAUUACAGCAUAGAGACCCCCAAAGAUUAUAAUGAUUAUAAUGACGUCGAUUCUUGUCCUGCCAUUUUAUAUUACAACAGCAGGAGGGAAGCUGCCGACGUUUCUCUUCUAAGCACCCACCUUUCCCAUUCAUUGUCCUACACAGAACCUAUCCUUCAUGAUAGACACCACGCGACACCUCAUUAUAAAACUCAUGUUUUUGCCGUUUCGGAACCCCGCAUAAUAGUGGUUACCCACGCAUCUCAACUUCCUUCCUACGACAAAGGGACUGACAGUAAAACAACAUUUUCAGAGCCGCGCGAUACUAAGACGAAAACAACUCCUUCUACCUCCUUCGACAAAGAGAAAGAGAAGCAAAAAAGAUACCUUACCUCCACUUCGAUAUUACUGAGGCAUCAGCAACCCUCAGUUGUGGUGGAACAAGAGGAGCCUUCCGAAUCGGAUAUGUCUAAAAGCUCCUCUAAAAGCUCUACUAAAGAAGGAAGUUCUAAGCGUUCCAGAGAAAUUUCUAAGAAGCAUUUCGAAGAACUGAACGGAGAUGAGAAAACUGUGGUAAAGCGAUCUGAGUAUAAAAGCUUAUCCGGCCAGAUCCAAGAUAAUCAAGAUGGAAUAGAGGGGUCAGAGAAAGAAGGAUCAGAGCUGUCUCAAGGUCAGGUAAACGGAGAGAGUAACGACGAUGGGAAAGAAGAACAAAAUAAACACAAACAAGUGACUGAGGUCUCCCAGAACGAUGCUCGUAAGGUUUCUAGUGCUAAUAAUGUAGGUGGGACUGGGUUCAUUCACCACCUUUUCUCCAAAACUAAGUCUGAGGAUAACGCCGCUUUGGGUUUCAGGAGAGAUACUCAAUUCAGCAAUCAGCUAGACGAAGACUCACCCGGAUAUCUCUUAGAUGUGCCUUCUCCCGCCCGUUCCAGAUGGAUCGAAGCUUUCAACAGGGUCUGCAUUCAUUUGUCAGAGGAUGAAAUUAGGGAGAAUGCGUUGGACACUCAAUUUUGGCCCACCCAAGCAAAUGGAAACUUGCCCGAAAAUAACCCUUUUUACAGCAGUAUCGAUUCUAUGCCAGACAUCAGGCCAAGGAAAAAGUCUAUACCACUCGUCAGUGAUUUGACGAUGGCGGCAACGAAAAGAAAUGCUGGGCUGGCCUCCGCGCUUGUUAGAGCUACCUUAAAUGAUGAAGAACUAAAAAUGCACGUUUACAAAAAGACCUUACAAUCCUUGAUCUACCCCAUAUCCAGUACUACCCCUCACAAUUUUCAGAUUUGGUCGGCUACGAGCCCUACUUAUUGCUACGAAUGCGAGGGUCUUUUGUGGGGUAUAGCCAGGCAAGGGGUAAGAUGCUCCGAAUGCGGGGUUAAAUGCCACGAAAAAUGUAAGGAUCUUCUCAACGCCGACUGCCUACAAAGAGCUGCCGAAAAGAGUUCUAAACACGGAGCCGAAGAGAGAACCCAAAUAUUUAUGAUGGCUUUGAAGGAUAGGAUGAAAAUCAGGGAACGAAAUAAGCCCGAGAUAUUCGAUUUGAUAAGACGGGUGUUUAACGUGGACAAGAAAUCCCAUUCGGCUAAUAUGAAACAGGUGAAGCAGAGUGUUCUAGACGGAACUUCUAAAUGGUCGGCUAAAAUAGCUAUAACGGUUAUAUGCGCCCAAGGACUGAUAGGCAAAGACAAGAGCGGAACCAGUGACCCCUAUGUUACCGUGCAAGUUGGAAAGGUCAAAAAACGAACUAAAACGGUGCUGCAAGACCUGAACCCCGUGUGGAAUGAAAAAUUUUAUUUCGAAUGCCAUAAUUCUUCCGAUCGUAUCAAAAUUCGUGUAUGGGACGAAGACAACGAUUUAAGAUCUAAGCUAAUGCAAAAGUUAACCCGAGAAUCCGAUGAUUUCUUAGGACAGACUAUCAUAGAAGUACGCACGCUAAGCGGGGAAAUGGACGUUUGGUAUAAUUUAGAAAAACGUACCGAUAAAUCGGCCGUCUCUGGUGCUAUACGUCUUCACAUAAGCGUCGAGAUUAAAGGGGAAGAAAAGGUGGCUCCUUACCACGUUCAAUACACUUGCCUACAUGAGAACCUUUUCCAUUAUCUUUGCGAGGAAGCUGGGGGCCAAGUGCGUUUACCGCCCGAACAGGAGAAAAGCGAUGAGGCUUGGAAAGUAUACUUCGACGACACUGGUCAAGAAAUUGUGGAUGAAUUCAGUAUGCGUUACGGCAUAGAACUCAUUUACCAGGCUAUGACUCAUUUUUCCUGUUUGUCUUCCAAAUACAUGUGUUCGGGCGUGCCUGCCGUCAUGAGCACGCUACUCGCCAAUAUAAACGCUUAUUACGCUCACAACACUAGUUCCACAUCUUACGCCGUUUCCGCUUCUGAUCGAUUUUCUGCUUCGAAUUUUGGGAAAGAAAAAUUCGUUAAACUUUUAGACCAACUCCACAAUUCUCUUCGGAUAGAUCUAUCUAUGUACCGGAAUAAUUUUCCUGCAUCUAAUCCGGAAAAAUUGCAAGAUCUCAAAUCAACAGUCGACUUAUUAACCAGUAUUACGUUUUUCAGGAUGAAGGUUCAAGAAUUAACCAGUCCGCCCCGAGCUAGCACCGUCGUGAGAGAUUGUGUUAUUGCUUGCCUAAAGUCAACUUAUCAAUUUCUUUUCGACAAUUGCAACGAGCUGUAUCAAAGAGAAUUCGAAACCGCCAACCCCAAUAAAGAUCCUGCGAACAUUAUAAAAGAUCCUAAUGCGGCCACCCAAAAUGCUAAUAUAGUGCCUACUAGCGAUAGCCAGGAAAAUUCCAAAUCGGAUAGUAUGGAUAUUGAUCGUAAUAAAUCCAACGUCACCUCUAACAACUCUGUACCUUCUCCCAGUCCAUAUAAUCACAAUCAAAGCCUGAAAAAUCAUCCUAGAAAUGGGGUGAACGGUGUCGAAUCCUCUCCAAAGUUGCCGAGUACCCUAAUGAACCACAUUAAUCCAUCCAGCGCAGCUACGCAACAACCAAUAAGUACUGGUCCGAGCCUUAAAAAUUUGGAUUUUUGGUCUAAGCUUAUAUCUCUCUUAGUUUCAGUCAUCGAAGAGGACAAGAAUAGCUACACGCCAGUGCUUAACCAAUUUCUUCAAGAACUUAACAUCGGGCAGAUCAGUGCUCUCACAAUGUGGUCCCUCUUUUCCGUGGAUUUAAAAUAUGCCUUGGAAGAGCACGAACAAUAUCUAAAAUGCAAAAGCUCGGAUUACAUGAACUUUCACUUCAAAGUCAAAUGGUUCUACAAUCAAUAUAUCAAGCCAGCCUUGGCCGCCAAAUCUCACGAUCAAAGUAACGCUGUUCCUGAAUACCCUCGUUGGUUCGAGCCCUUUGUCAUUCAUUGGCUUAACGAAAAUGAUCAGGUUUCGAUAGCUUAUCUUCACGGAGCCUUCGAACGCGAUUCCAAGGAUGGUUUUAACCGUUCUGCCGCCCACGCCCUUUUCAGCACAAGCGUGGUUGACGUUUUCAGCCAAUUAACCCAAUGCUUCGACGUUAUUAAAAAACUAGAAUGCCCGGAUCCCGUAGUGCUUGAACGGUACAUGAAGCGUUUCGCGGUGACCGUUAACAAAGUCCUUCUGGCCUACGCCGACAUAACCCGCCUAGUUUUUCAUCAAUAUUGCCAUAAAGAACGCGAAAAAUCGGCUUGCAUUCUGAUGAACAACAUUCAACAACUCAGGGUUCAAUUAGAAAAGAUGUUUGAAGCUAUGGGAGGCGAACACCUCGACUUAGAUGCCACGGAUAUCCUUAAAGAUUUGCAGGGGCAACUCAGUUCCGUUAUAGACGAAUUAGCGGCUAUGUUUUGCGAUAGUAUGUAUACUGAUCUGGAAGUAUGCGUAGAAGAGCUCUACCAACUAUUGCAAAAGAUCAGAGGCUCGUCCCAGCCCAGUCAAAGAACGAACGUUGCCUUGGAAGCUGAUAUGGUUCUCAGGCCUUUAAUGGAUUUUUUGGACUCAAGUCUAUCCGUAUUUGCGCAGAUUUGCGAAAAGACCGUUCUCAAAAGACUCCUCAAGGAACUGUGGAAGAAAGUCAUGAUUUUGCUAGAAAAAGUCGUAGUACUUCCACCCCUCACGGACACCAAACACGCCAUGCUGCCAAACAUAGAAAAAAUGGAUGACGUUAAAGAGCUCCUUUAUAGCGUCAGUGGGAAAAACUUCCUUAUGGACAUGAAUAAGGCCGCCGAAAAAAACCUCAGUCCCAAGCAAUGCGCUGUUUUAGAAGUUGCACUCGAUUCUAUCAAACAAUAUUUUCACGCCGGUGGUAGCGGCCUCAAAAAAGGUUUUUUGGAGAAGAGUCAAGACCUUAUCAACUUACGUUACGCGCUUUCGCUUUACACCCAAACCACGGAUACGCUGAUCAAAACGUUCGUUAACACCCAAAAUCAACAAGAUCAACCGGGAGCCGAUUUCUCUGUUGGAGAAAUAUCUGUUCAAGUGGAUCUGUUCACCCAUCCUGGCACAGGAGAACAUAAGGUCACUGUUAAAAUUGUAGCGUGUAAUGAUCUAAAAUGGCAAACGAACGGCAUGUUCCGGCCUUUUGUCGAAGUGAACUUGAUAGGACCCCACUUGAACGACAAGAAACGCAGACAAAACACUAAGUCAAAAAACAACACAUGGUCUCCUAAAUAUAACGAGAUUUUCCAUUUUAUAUUGGGCAACGAAGAUGACCCCUCUGCUUUCGAAUUGCAAUUUUGUGUCAAGGACUACUUUUUUGCGAGAGAAAAUCGUCUCAUCGGCAUGAGCGUUAUGCAGCUAAGGGAUGUGGUGGAAUGCGGAAGUUGCGCUUGCUGGUUUCCCCUUGGUCAACGUAUCAAGAUGAAUGAAACCGGUUGGACCAUUCUCAGAAUUUUAGCCCAAAGGACUCAUCUCGAUGAAAUCGCUAAAGAGUUUGUUAGGCUCAAAACCGAAUGCAGGAGUCAAGAGGAAGCUCCUAACGGGACCCAGACCGGUGGUGGUGGACCUCUUAAUCUUCAAACUAUUCAAACAAAUUAAUUAUUUUUUCCCGGGGAGUACUUUUAUACUUAUACUAUCCACUCUCACUAAACGUGUGUGUACCAUAUCUACCUAUUUAAUAGAGAUUCGAUAAAAUCAAAUCUUUUUUUUUUAAAAAAAGAACAUCCUCAAAUGAAAUGAGAAUUUUAAUAAGAUUCGGGUGCAUCAUCGAGCCUUUGUGGAUAGGAAAAUAAAAAAAUGAAUAAAAUUAAACGCUUAUUAUCGAAGUGUUUAUGGUAUAAUCGUGACUUAGAGAGAAUGUAACAUAUAGGGUCAAUGGAAAAUAAUCAAAACAGACUUCAUUACCUAAUUGACCAAAGCCUUGUUUAAAAUAACAUUUAAAGCUACUUUGAAAUACAUAAUACUAUUAUACACAUUAUAAUUUCAUUAUAUUGUUACAUAUCCCUUCCAAAAAGUGAGAGUUAACCUUAGCGAAUCAAAUAUUAACGACCUAUGCAAAAUAAAAAAAGUUCCUCUUGGGUUAAAUGUACUUUUAGACCUCUCUGAAAUCAUGUAUAAAGCUUGUCGUUAUGGAAUUUCGGUUAACGCCAAACCAACCUUUUGAUAAUAAAUUAGCAUGAAUUCAAUAUCUCUUAGGAAGCUUUGUUUUUAAAUUAUGCAUUUUAAUACUCGUAAUCAUAAUUACUACUCAUAAAUAUUUUUUAUAAAAAAAAAUGGCAAUAAUUAUUCACAUAAGAAUUUUAUGUCUCCCUCUUUUAUAGUUCUCAUUUUUUAUUUAAAAUGCGUGUGGGCAAAGAUUAAAAUUUAAAAAAUAGCGCAUGAUCUCAUUAAUCUUUCACAAAAUCGAGUUUUUUUGGAUAAUAUAUGGUUUAGAGACCAAAUCAUUUCUCAAAACAAUUCUUUCACACAA